CGAAGUAAUCCAUUUAUUUUUACGCGAGAGGAGAAAGGCACACCCCCGAGAGAGAGAGAGAGAGAGAGAGAGAGAGAGAGAGAGAACACCUUUGAUCGAUCGAUCGAUCAGAUAUUUCUUGUCUAGCAAUCAAUCCGUUCCAGCAAUCCGGAGAGAUGAGUUUCCUCUUUGGCAAGAGGAAGACACCCGCAGAGCUUCUGCGGGAGAAUAAGAGGAUGUUGGACAAAUCAAUCAGAGAAAUUGAACGGGAGAGACAAGGUCUACAAACACAAGAGAAAAAGCUUAUUGUAGAAAUAAAAAAAAGUGCUAAGCAAGGGCAGAUGGGAGCUGUCAAAAUAAUGGCCAAAGACCUUAUUAGAACACGACAUCAGGUUGAAAAAUUCUACAAGCUUAAAUCACAACUUCAAGGUGUUGCUCUUAGAAUUCAGACAUUGAAAUCUACACAAGCAAUGGGGGAGGCCAUGAAAGGCGUCACAAAGGCAAUGGGCCAGAUGAAUAGGCAGAUGAAUUUACCAUCUUUGCAGAAGAUAAUGCAAGAAUUUGAGAGGCAGAAUGAAAAGAUGGAAAUGGUGACAGAGGUGAUGGGAGAAGCCAUUGAUGAUGCUUUGGAAGGGGAUGAGGAAGAGGAGGAAACUGAUGAGCUUGUGAGCCAGGUGCUUGAUGAGAUAGGAAUUGACAUCAAUUCAGAGCUACUGAAUGCACCCUCAACAGCAGUGGCUGCUCCAGCUGCAAAUUCCAAAGUUGCUCAAGCUGAGGCAACAGGGAACGAUGACGGUGGCAUAGAUAAUGAGCUACAGGCUAGGUUAGACAAUUUAAGAAGAAUGUAAUCUUCUAUUUGUCUAUUAAAAAUGAGAUUUCUGUGAAAAGGAGAGAAAAAGUGGCUAUGUAAUAUGUGUAUGAAAUCGUGGUUGAAUUUAGUAACCUAGUGCUUGGAAUUGUAAGGAUUUUAAUAAAAUCAUGUCCACUGCUGCAAAUAGUCAUUCAUGAGUCCA